AGCUGUGCUGACACCAAAAUACUGCAGAAGACCAACAAGAGCACAGUGGUGUAGCUCUCAGUGUACAGAACCUGGACUGUGGAUACCUUCUCCUCCCGCAGCUGACGAAUAAGACUUCUUCCCCCUGGACGCUGGAAGAUCUGAACUGAUCCUUACUUCUACACUUCUCUAUUGAUUUGUUUGAUGUGAGCAGGAUGCUUAUCUCUGUGACUGUGCAACAGAUCCUUUCCACCCUGUUUGUGCUCAGCAGUGCUGCAGUAACGUCUGCAGAGAGUGAGUGUCCAGCUCAAUGCUCCUGUGCCUCCUCACCUCCGCUCUGCCCGCUGGGCAUCAGCUUGGUGACAGACCACUGUGGCUGCUGUAAGAUUUGUGCUCGGCAGUUCAAUGAGGACUGUAACGCCACCGAACCCUGUGAUCACAUCAAGGGGCUACGCUGCCAUCUUGGGGCUGGAGGAGACCCCAAGAGAGGACUGUGUCGAGCUGAGGCCCAGGGUUUGCCCUGUGAGUUCAGCGGGCGAGUGUACCAGCACGGCGAAGACUUCCAGCCCAACUGUCAGCACCAGUGCACCUGUAUAGAUGGGGUGGUGGGCUGCAUGCCCCUCUGUCCUCAACAAGUGCCUCUACCCACCUGGCGCUGCCCAAGGCCCCGGCUGGUCAGGCUUGAGGGCCGGUGCUGCGAGGAAUGGGUGUGUGACGACGACAACCACAUCAGUGAGGAGCCAGACGAGUCGACACACACCUCCCGACGAGACAACCAGCCCCUUCCCAACCACAUCAGUGCCUUGCUGCAGACCAGAGGGAACACAUUUAGAGAGAUGGUGUCCUUCCCCAUGUCUGAGGUAUUGAUCAAAUCCACCUGUUUCCCACAAACCACCGCAUGGACUGAGUGUUCCACCACAUGUGGGAUGGGCGUUUCUAGCCGUGUGACCAAUGACAACCCAGACUGUCGGAUGCUCAGAGAAACCAGACUGUGCCAGGUCCGACAAUGUGAGCUGCAGCCUCCCGUAGCUAACAAGAAGGGGAAGAGGUGUCAGCGAACAGUACGCCCCCAGGACCCAAUCACAAUCACCUUUGCUGGAUGCUCAACAGCACAGCAGUACCGCCCUCGCACCUGUGGGACUUGCACCGAUGGCCGCUGCUGCACGCCUUCCCUCUCCCGGACCGUGAGCCUUCAUUUCCACUGCCCCGAUGGAGAGGCCUUCUACAGGAACCUCAUGUGGAUACAGCGGUGCAGUUGCAGUACAAGCUGCCAUUCAAACAGCGGGCCCUCCAGCCCUUCAGUCAGUCUCCACAAUGACAUCCACACCUUCAGGCACUGAUGCUGACUCAUCAUGCCCGGCUCGGACCUGGCAAGCUGGGUGAACGCUCUGCACCUCCCUACAGCCACUGUCUCCCAUUUAGACGUAGGGUUUACGUGUGUUGCCUCCAACCAGGUUACACACUUGCUUGCACUUUAAGCUUCCUGCCAUGAUGAGAGUUUGCCCACACAAGAGUUGUGUUAGCUCUGAUACUGGGGCAGCACUGAGAAAAACACACAGUAUGCUACUGUGUCAGACUGCUGGCAGAGGGUUUUUAUUUUUAUUUAUUUGUGUAAUAUCCACAGACAACAACACAACCACCUGUCAUAGAGUAAGAAGCUUGUUUAGAGACAGAGACUAGGGUUGCAAAAUUCCGGGAAUAUUCAAAGUUGGAAACUUUCCAUGGGAAUUAACGGGAAUUAACGGGAUUAUACGGGAAUUAACGGGAAUAUACGGGAAUAUACGGGAAUAUACGGGAAUUAACGGGAAUAAACUGGAAAUGUUUUGGGUAAUUUAUACUAACUGUAUUUACCUUGUCAUAUACAGACAUAAAUAUAAACAUUUUGUUUUGUCUUUGGCUGAUUUGAGCCCUGAGGAAACUUUGGGCACUUGACUAUAUGCUUCUGCAUCGUUGUGUCAUUCUUAACUUAACAGGUCUUUGCAAAGUAUUUGCAAAUGUACACAGCCUUUUCUUCUACAUUGGAUGGGGUGAAAUGUCUCCACACAUGAGAUAGUGCACGUGGCAUUGUUUUGUAGAAUAAGAUGAGAAAAAAGUUUGUAAAAAAACACUAAUACAAUGCCAGAGAUAUAAAUAGUUAGCCAAACAAUUGCAAUCGUCUGUAAACAUAUUCUACAAUUGAUGGAUGUAUGUAAAUGUAUGUAAAUAGGCUAGAUGAACAGAUGAACAAUCCUCAAUCAGCAUGCUAAUAUAUUUUCCCCAGUAAUAUCAUCGAAACCUACCUGACUAGUCCUGCACACUACAGCAGGCCUCAAUAGCCCUGCUGUAGAGUGAAGGAUGCUGGAAAUUAUCUGUGCAUGUGAUGGAAGAAUGCACAGUGGAGGGUUGAAAUUCAACGUGCAGCGUGUGCUGUAUUCCCUACAUCUUUGAAAUAGAGUUUUGAAUGAUGUUUUUAUUGCUCAGCGUUUAAUUUGCGUCGUUUUUUUUUUUUUUCAAAAUUCCCAAAAUUCCCGAGCUAAACUUCCCAUGGAAAGUUUCCGGAAAGUUUCCGGAAAUUUACCGGAAACUUUCCAACCCUUUGCAACCCUAACAGAGACAAAUGUUUUUUUUCCAAUGAGAAGAAGUAGAUGACAUGAGACGUAUUCAUUAGAGACUAUAGGGCUCAUUAUGUCCUGUCCUUUGUCUAAAAGUGUUUUCUACACGUGUUGUUUCUGUGUGUGUGUGUGUGUGUGUGUGUGGGGUGGGGGGGUUAAAGUGUUGUCCUAUUGGUCUGUUGUAAGAAUGAGAUACUUAUAUUGCUCAUUAUGCUACACACAGUAUAUACAUUAAGACAUUUGAUGUAUAUAGACUUCACUCUUACUUGUGGAGUGGUAAACUCUUGGAUCACCUCAUUUUUCGGGGUGUGAUUGUGCUGAUUAUGUGUGUGUUUUUGUGUGUAUGUUCGCGCGUGUGUGUGUGUGUAUGUCUGUGUGUCCUUCAGAUUGUACAUACAAUGCUUUAUUUGAAGAGAAAAAAAAUAUGCGAUAUAUUUAGGUAUACGGAUAUACAAAUUUGUCCAUAAACUCCUGUGAAUACUUAUAAUAAAAACUUAUCAACCUGU